AGGGAUUGACUUCGAAGAGGUCUACGCCCCGGUGAGCAAGCACACAACGUUGCGUGCACUGCUGGCGGUGGUUGCGGAGCGUGACUUGGAGCUGCAUCAGCUGCACGUCAAAACGGCGUUCCUUAACGGGGAGCUAGAGGAGGAGAUCUACAUGCAACAGCCGCCGAGAUACGAGCAAGUAGAUCUGGACCGUUCCGAGGUCCAACUCGAGAUCUUCACGAGCUCGCGGAACUACAGCGCCUCCUUCACCGCUUGCGCUGUGGUCAUGUACUCCGCUUCUACUGUCGAGGCCGCCACCGUUGGCUGCAGCCUGCUCGACCAGCUCACCGCCCUUCCUUACAUCACGAAUCAGGAAGACGCACCCCGUUCUAGAGUGCCUCGUGUCCACGUUUCUUGCGUAAUCCGCGUCACAAUGCCAACGAGAGCCUCCUCGCUCCCCCCGAAGGUUAUUCCGUCCUUCCGCCGUCCCCGCCGGAUAGCGCACAACCCGAGCGGCGCCCACCAGUGCGCCUCCGUUGGCCCCGCCAUGUAG